UUUGUCUCCCCUCUUGCGGGGAAUAUUCGACCGCCAUGAAGCUGUUUGUGUGGACGCUGGUCGUCUGCUCGGUCUUCGCGAUGCAAGCCUUCUGCGUCCUCCCCAAAUUCUUCCGCGGCUGCCUCCACGGCAACUCUGAUGAUCUCUGUGCAUUGUCGGACUCGGCUCUUCAGGACGGUGGCAGCUCUUCCACGGCUCCAGCUCCGCACUCUAGCAAGAAGACUGGCAUUCCUCGCACUGAAAAGAAGCACAAUCUUCAGGAUCUGAUGCCACCUCCCGAGCCAUCCAUCUGGGAUAAGGUAGCCAGUAGCUUUCAGGCCCUGAGCUUCUGCGAUCAAGCCUCCAAACAUAAGCAGGAACCGACCGUCGUCGAUGACGAAGACGACGACGAUGAAACAUUGGGGUCCAACCCCCUAAGUCCGAAACCUACGACCACUCGCAGGCAACAUCGCUCGACGGACAGAGGAAAGGAGUCACUCGAACGCCGAAGCCCGCUUAAGUCCAUGUGGGGUGGCAGCAGCAGUGGCCGAACAGAGGAGAAAGCAGAGGAGGAGAAGCCUCACCGCAACAGUAUACUUCGGAUCGAAGAUGUUCCCAAUUCCGCAUAUCGGGUUCCGAUGAGAACCUACUCUUACCUCAUCUUCAGGCCCAACCUCAGACCCGAGGCCAUGUCCAAGGUCACGGUCAGGGCCACGAUCAUUUUCAAGGGGCCCGAUAAUCCUUUUGAAGCGCAGCUUCUCCCCCCGUCAAGACAAGCUCAGGGCGACCUCAAGCUGGCGCUCAACUGGGCCUUCAAGCACGAAUCCCAGAGAUAA